ACGGCAGGAUAUCCGGUUGUACCGGAAAACCGGCUUGUCACCAUUCAAGAGAGAUGGCUGCUUUCUUUAUUACAAUAUAUUAGCAACAAAGCUACAGCAAGUGAUGUUUUCAAAGGGUAGAACUGUGCUUUUGAGACCAGUAGUGGCACAGUUUAGUGGUGUAAAGUAAUAUAAACGUAAAUGUUGCGUCGCAAUUUCUGCGAGUUUUGCUGUGAGCCACCUGUAUGCCGGCUAGCGAGUAGCUGCAAAGCCGAGACGUCGCUCAGCUUGUCUUCCGGCCCUGCUGCGGUCUGUUAAUGGUACACCGGAUCUCGAAACAGAUCCGAACCGCGUGUUUUGUUUUAGCCGAAGUUAGUAAAUCAGGUAACCCCGGGCCUAAAUGCCAGAACAAGGCCCCAGGAUGAAUGGGUUUUCUAUCGGCGAGCUGUGCUGGCUGUUCUGCUGUCCACCCUGUCCGAGUCGCAUCGCGGCCAAACUAGCUUUCCUUCCACCGGAGCCCACGUAUUCCAUGCACACCGACGCUAACGGGGUGACUAGCUUACAUUUAACCGAACGGGCAGACUGGCAAUACUCCCAGCGAGAGCUCGAUGCAGUGGAAGUGUUCACCACUAGAAGCAGCCGGGGUAACCGGGUAGCAUGCAUGUUUGUGCGUUGCGCUCCGAACAGUCGCUACACGCUGCUGUUUUCCCACGGUAACGCUGUGGACCUGGGGCAGAUGUGCAGUUUUUACAUCGGCCUGGGCUCCAGGAUAAACUGCAACGUGUUCUCCUACGACUAUUCAGGCUACGGAGUCAGCACCGGCAAGCCUUCAGAGAAGAACCUGUAUGCGGACAUCGAGGCGGCCUGGCAGAUGCUGAGGAACAAGUGAGUAUAACACAUAAGUGUUGUGGAUCAGUCAAUGCCUACAAGUGUGUGCUGAGAUGACGCCCACUACACAAAUGCUUUGGGCUCAAAUUGUGGUCAUAAAUAUUUUGUACUUGUAAAUCAGACUGCAUAGCUGUGAACUGAGUUUUGUAACCUCGUAAACCAAAAUAUCUGAAAAUU